AUGGAAGCGUAUAUGCUAAUAAAUAACCCGUUAAGUGUUAAGGAAGCUAUGUCUAAAGCCCGGACUUACAUCGAAGCAUUUAGAUACAGAUGGCAAAAUGUCCUAGAAAAGAAGAUAGAGUUCCAAAAGACUAUGCAAUCCCUUGUAAAACGGAAAGAGGUAAAUAGCAUAGAAAAAAGACAGUACCCACCACAUGUUCAAAGGAAAAAGAGAGAGGCGCUCAGUCCACCAGAAGAAGACGUUAGAAGAGGGAAGAAAGAAAAACAGAAAGCUUUGGUAGAGUCAACAGAUGUCACCUGUGACGCCACAGAACAGCAGGGAAUGGGGGUGGAGGGAGAUGAAGAAUGGCUGAAACCACCGGAGCAAAAGAAGAAAGAGGCAAGAGAAGACAAAAGAAAAGAGAAAGUGAAAGCUUAA